AAAUUUAGGAAAAUAGUGUGCCAGUGUGCCAAGUGCUUAUUUGAUGAUUAAUAUAUUAAAUGUUUGAUUUUCAGUGCCAACUAACCACUAAUAAUUCUAAAUAUAUUAGUUUUAAAUAAAUAUUACCCUUACGAAAAGACAAACCAUGAAAGUCAAACGGCACUUUACUUCUAUCAUUUUAUUAAUAAUUUCCGCAAUUAUAAUGGCUACUGGUGUUUUUUCACAAGGUAAUUCGAUGUUACCAUCACUCGAUGACGUAUCCAAGUUAUUCAAUACUCUAGCUGGAAAUAGUUUUAAAAAUUGGAAUACAGGUCCAGUUGGAAGAAACUUUUAUAAAGUCGUUGGAUUUGCACCUGCUAUAAAAGAUAAUGUUUCAGUUCCUGAUUUAUUAAAAUUUAUGUCAGAUGAUGCUGAUUUAGUUAAAAUUGCGGCAUUUAAUAGAAUAAACAAGAUGUUUGAUAAAUCUAAAUCCUUUGAAGAUAAAAAAGAGUUGAUUCUUGCUAAAAUUCAAGGCACCAUUGAACUGAUAAAAUAUUAUGGUUUAAAGUACAAUUGUCCGAAGGUAAAAUUUACACUUGCUCAAGGACUUUAUUAUGUACACAUUUGUCAUCAAUAUCAUAAAAAAGACCCGGGUGAUUGUUUUAAGAAGAAAGCUAUGUUGUUCGAAGCCUUCAUCUUCACCCAUAAAACUGAGGACACUCGUUUAAUGAGAUAUUGGAUAAAAAAAACAAUGAAUAAUGCAAAAACACAUCUAAAAAAUAAAGAUGAUGAUACAAUAGAAUUUAUCGAGACGAGAAUAGCAUGUGAAUUAAAACUAUUGCACGAAAGUAAAAACAUAUUUUUAAAAGCAGCAUUGAAAUUAUAUACGGGUAGUAAUAAAAUAAAAGAUUGUGCUACAAAAUUAAAAAAAUUUGAAAGUAAAAUAAAACAAGUUGGUUCAUUUCCUGGAGAAUAUCAUUAUUUACUGGCCAGAGCAUAUUCCCACCAAAAAAAAUAUAAAGAAGCUUUUGAACACCUUAAGGAAGCACGUACAUCUAAAGUUUUAGACUCAAAGACUAGAUAUGCCAAUAAAAAAGCGCAUGAUUAUUAUGAAAAAUUAUUCAUACGUCUUUAUACUAAUUAGACAAAUAUAAAAAAAUAAGGAUUCAUUUUUGAU